UGUGUGUUGAGAAGUGGGUGUCGCUGUGCAUGCUGGUCCAAGAGGAACAGAAACACGGUGCAGAGAGGGAAGACACCUCGAACGCUGCUUACUUUGUUCAAUGUGAGCCGAGAGUGCUGUGACUAUUUGUGUAGGGUUCAACGUCGAUUGUAAUCUGCAGUUUUGGAUUUUUGCCAACUCGGAUUGAGUUUUGCUAGGUGAAAGCGGGAGCAAUACAAUGUAUCCAUGCCCGACCUCUCAUUGCUUCGCGGUCCUCUGACGAGCUCAAACCCACUGUCUAUGGAGGGACAUACGAAAAGCGCAACGCUCAGGUACCAAGUACCCCCAUUUCGGUUAUCUGGGAGAUGGUAACAAAUGAACGGCACUGGAGGGAACAUGGUUGAGAGGACCAGCAAAUUUUUGUUGAUCGUCGUCGGAUCCGUCUUCUUCAUGCUGAUUCUAUAUCAGUACGUGGCUCCUGGGGUGAUGAACUUCGGGUCUCCGCAGGGGUACCUCGCCGAGGACAACAUGGAUAUUUUCCCCACUCCGGAUCCCCAUUAUGUGAAAAAGUACUACUUCCCUGUCAGGGACUUGGAACGCACCGUUGAUUUCGAGAUCAAGGGUGAAGAUGUGAUCGUGUUUCUUCACAUACAGAAAACUGGCGGAACCACUUUUGGCAGGCAUCUGGUGCAAAAUGUUAGACUAGAAGUCCCGUGUGAUUGCAGACCAGGGCAGAAAAAGUGUACAUGCUACCGUCCCAACAGAAAGGAGACCUGGCUGUUUUCGAGGUUCUCCACUGGCUGGAGUUGCGGGUUACAUGCGGAUUGGACCGAACUCACAAACUGCGUUCCUGGUGUGCUCAACAAGAGAGAAAAUAAAUCUAAAAAACUGAGGAAGUUCUACUACAUCACCCUGCUGAGGGACCCUGUGUCACGCUACCUGAGUGAGUGGCGCCACGUGCAGCGCGGCGCCACCUGGAAGACGUCCCUCCACAUGUGCGACGGGCGCACACCUACGCCCGAGGAGCUGCCGCCCUGCUACGAGGGUACGGACUGGUCAGGCUGCACCCUGCAACAGUUCAUGGACUGCCCCUACAACCUGGCCAACAACCGGCAGGUGCGCAUGCUCGCCGACCUCAGCCUGGUGGGCUGCUACAACCUCUCCACGGUGCCCGAUAAGCGGCGCUCGCAACUUCUCCUCGAGUCGGCCAAGAAGAACCUGCGCGACAUGGCCUUCUUCGGUCUGACGGAGUAUCAGCGCAAGACGCAGUUCCUGUUCGAGCGCACCUUCCGACUGCGCUUCAUCCGGCCUUUUGUGCAGUACAACAGCACGCGGGCGGCCGGAGUGGACUUGGACAACGACACGGUGGCGCGCAUCGAGGAGCUCAACGACCUGGACAUGCAGCUGUACGACUACGCCCGCGACCUCUUCCAGCAGCGCUACCAGUACACUCGGCAGCUGGAGAGACGGGCGCACCGCUUGGCACUUCGGAGUCACGGGCUGGACCCCCGUGAUUUACUCAGAGAGGAGGGUGGUGUGGGGGGCGAGGGGACAGCCAGGCUGCCCACAGAGGACUACAUGAACCACAUAAUUAACAGGUGGUAGCCCCUAUCCCAUCCCACCCCAACCACCCACUUUCCUGAUCUCCCCAUUGUCUGGUAUGGUGAGGUUGCAUCAGAGUGAAUGUUUAGGAAAGGUGAAAUUUGGCACUUAUGGCUCGAGAGGAAGAAAGUUGCAGAGGAUUGGGUGCUGUUUACCUACAGACUUUGCAUGAUGCGAGCUGUGGGCUGCGAACCAGAUGAUAUCACUUCCCGCUACUGGAUGACAUAGUCCUUCUGGUCUUCUUGGACUAUGUGGAGAGGUCAGAUCUUUGAUUGGGAGCCCAUGAUAAACCUGAGUCAUGGGGCUUUCUGAUUGGAAGCCCAUGAUAAACCUGAGUCAUGGGGCUUUGUGAUUGGAAGUCCAUGAUAAACCGGAGUUAUGGGGCUUUGUGAUUGGAAGCCCAUGAUAAACCGGAGUCAUGGGGAUUUGUGAUUGGAAGCCCAUGAUAAACCGGAGUCAUGGGGAUUUGUGAUUGGAAGCCCAUGAUAAACCGGAGUCAUGGGGAUUUGUGAUUGGAAGCCCAUGAUAAACCGGAGUCAUGGGGAUUUGUGAUUGGAAGCCCAUGAUAAACCGGAGUCAUGGGGAUUUGUGAUUGGAAGCCCAUGAUAAACCAGAGUCAUGGGGAUUUGUGAUUGGAAGCCCAUGAUAAACCGGAGUCAUGGGGAUUUGUGAUUGGAAGCCCAUGAUAAUCCUGAGUCACCCUCUGGAGUUCUCUGAGCAACAACUGUCUCUACUCAGAUUCCCAAUGGAGCAAAAGAAAAACAAUGGAUAAUUCCUUUACAAAGUAAACAGACUUGUUUUACUUUCCUUUCUAUGUCUUGGCCCAUCAGAAUAACAUGUGUACUUAAUAUGUUGUUGUAAGGAAUUACAAAGCAGUGAGAUGGGAGAUUACCUGUACUGGACAUUUCCGACGAGCCAUCUUUUUAUUUAUUAACAUUGCUUUCUGAUCAUUUGAAAUACAUAUUUUCCCAAUGUGAGAGACGAUUUGGUUCGGCUUGAAAUACAGUUUGACACUUGUAAGUUAUAGAAGUCAUGAUGGUGACUUAAAAAAAAAUAUUUCAUAACAUACUCAUCCAUUUGCUGAAAGGUUACUAACAUUUGCAAUCAAAGUUUAGAGCUAUAUCUUAAUAGAAAUGAUGCAUAGUGUUUUUUUGUGUGUUUUUUUUACACUUGUAUGUUUUUACCAUUUUGUCAAUGUCGUGUGAAGAGGCCAGUUUCUUUGGUUCCGAUGUAUUUUCAUUUGCCCGUUGUACUGUGAUCUGUACACUAAAGGAGAUGUACAGAAUUGAAUGAAAUAUUUGGCAAAGGUUUGUCCAGGAACCUUUCUGACCACAACCUCCAUACAACAAUUGAUGCUCAACAGGAGACCGACCGAGGGUCUCGCACUGAAGGGGAAACAGGAAACACUGUCUUAUUAUUACUUGUACAAAAUAAAACUUCUGUGAGUGUGUGCAUGUGUGUAAGUGUGUGUAUUGUAAGUGUGUGUGCGCGUCCAUUUGUUUCUGAGCUUUCAUGCUCAAUUCAUUUCCUUCUGAUUGGGAUCAAAUGUGUCACCUAAAACCAGAACUUAAACGGGUGAAAUGGAUGGAUUAUCCGUUGAGUUUGCCAUGCUCCUCGAUGUGCAUCUGUUGGGGCAUUAUAAAACAACGUAAAGUAAAGUGCAUCAGGGUCCAUAUUAAAGAGGUGAAGAAUGCACAGCCACUUGUCAACCAUAAGCUCUUUUUUUUGUUAAUAAUACAUUUUUUUUGUAAACUGAAAUAUGAUGAUCCCCUGGUAAACUGUGUUUAAUUAACAUUCUAACAGAAUGUGUCUGGACAUGAUAUAACCCUCAUCAAUCAAUACUGGUGUACAGGGAGCCUUCACAACUAUCAUAUUUAAAAUUCAAUUCCCAAAGUCCCGCAUCCAACAACAAACUGUAGUCCCACAGGCAUAGCCAGUACUAAAAACGGACCCAAGACUAAUUGCUUGGGGAGUGUUAAGAUGCUAAUGCAUUAUUAUUAAGGACAUUUGGACCAGUGUGUGCAGAUCCUGCGAAUGACUGUCUUUUCAUCAAGAACAGAAUGUUUGUUUUAGUGACGACUACUUACAUUAUGUCCAAUCCUCUCCGGAGCGGAGGUAUAAUGAUUGGUAGCAGGAGACUUCUCUAAUGCAAAGUAUUUUUAUCUUAUUUGAGAAAGAUAGCUUUGGGGAAGAUGGAUUACGAAGCUAUGGGUUUAGACAAAUCGUUACAGAAUGAAGUGUAUGUGUGUGCGUGCAGUCGUGUGAGAUAAAGAGAAAGCAAAAGAGUGAGAGAACAAGAGAAUUUAGUGAAGUGGGACAUUUCUACAUGGGCUCUGGUCUGGUUUUACCCAUAUUGUAUUAUUGCUGUGCGUAUUUCUGUUCUUCAAGCAGAUUGGAUCUUCUAUUCAACAAUAAAAAUAAAAAAUAUAUUUCUUUGUA